CCCGCACCACCAGCAGCUCCUCCUCCUCUCAGAAGGCCUUUACAGCCACUCGAUCCCGUCAACCUACCUUAACUCCUCUCCCUUAUCUACAUGAUGUACCAAUUUCCGACAUGAUCACAACUCCAAGAACCUGUUGCGCAGUGCUGAUUUUGUCGUCAUGGAUGGACGCGACAAGUAGGUACCAAACUGAACGCGACGCGCCGUGCUGCAUGACAGCGACAGUGACAUAUGGUAUGCUAAUUGAAUAUUUCGACAGACGCGCCGAGGUCAUAAUAGACCUGACACUAAGCGACGAGGAAACCCCUCCUGCCCAGUUCCAGAAUCGAACCAAUAUCAACGAUGGUCUCCCUAAAUACUACCCUCCUAUCCUGCCCCCAGGAUAUAGCAGAUCGAGGCCUGCGACGAGUAGCCGGCCUAUGUCUACUUCCUCAACUUCGCACCAAAAUACUGGGGCCUCUAUAAAUGGCACAAAUUCUAGGAAUCACUCAAGCAGUCGACCUAUCACUACUUUCUUACCUUCACCUCAAAAUAGUGGGGUAGUUAUGAAUGGCAGAAGUUCUAAGAACUAUCCUGCGCAUUCACUGUCUCAAGAUCCGAUACUUCCUCCUGCCAAACGACAAAAGAUCGCAAUCGGGGGUCACAGUCAAGCGCCAAUCGAAAUCAAAGAUGAAGAGGACCAAGUACAGUCACAGGAAAAGAACGAGAUUCGAUCGAAGGGAUUCACAGGAAUAGGGCCACGAGAGAAGGAUCUUCUUAGCAAUGUCUUGAAAUACCAGAUAUAUCCGCAUAUACGCUCACGGGUGGCCGAUUAUCAGGACCGCCUUCGCAAAGCUGAUGCAGAACAAAUCGGCCGACUGGUCGGUCAUCCCUCAUGCGCACUUAUUAUUCCUCACGCUGACUUGUGUAGACUGCUGCGGAACUGGUCCAGAGACGAGAUUUUAUGGGCAACUUCGUUCCAAAUGGUCACCGACUCUUACCUGGAUAUGAGGAAACAUUAGCGAAUGCAGCUCGCGCUAUAGUGGACAGAUACGCUUCCGAUUACAUAGCCCGCUAUAACCUACAGUCAGCAUCCUCAGACGAUUCAGAUGGGUUUGUCUUUGAGAGUGAGCUACCUGCAGUACGACCUCCUCAAACAAAUAGAGUCCGGGAAUAUUCCUCCUCGCCCGCCACAUCAUUUAGUGCAGACGGUCAUCUGGAAACGAUGCCAGAAAAACGGAAGAGACCAAGGAGGUCAAUCCGAUCAGGCGUCCAAACCGAACGUCCCCAAAAGAAGACGAGGCAGUCAUUAAUAAAGGCAUACUUGGGGGAAGAUAUUACACGUCCAUAUAUAAGCGUUUUGGACAGACAAGAGAUGUUACUGGAGGCUGAUCAUUUUGAUUUUCUUCCCGAGGAAAUUCUCUUCAUUUGCGCAACAAUUCAGUCACCGAGUGAUCAAAUUAUUACUUUAGCUGAUUCUACAAAGCUGCUCACGACUUUGCUGGCUGGCAAGGAAAUCUCAAAAAUCACUUCCCUCGUCCAUCAGAAGGUCCAAGUCCCUGGUCCAGAGCUUGGUCGUACCCUGCUCCGUUGUAGGAGCAAGUCUGCAAUUUCUUCAUUCCUAGAGGAUGCGGCAAACCAUCGACUGGUCUCUUCUGGCACUCCUCUGGAGGUUUUCCGUCGAUGUAGACCUUGCGAUUCAACCCAGUCUUUAACAAAACUUCUGAGAGCGCGCGAGAUCUUGGGCAUCUCACCACUUCCAACUGCUAGUGGGCGACGGAUGUUCAAGAUUGAGGCUUCAAGUUGCCUGGAGGAUUCAUUAGCACCGUGCACUGAAUGGUUUGAUUGUUGCGGAGAUAUAGCGACCAUUAGUUGGACAAGCGACGACGCGUUCAUAUGCGGGGCGACCGCGCAUUCGGACAAUUCAAACAUGCAGUACAAUAAACCAGGCAACUUGCUUCUUGGGUCCUUACCAAUAAGCGAACUAAGAUCAAUUCCAAAUCAUCGAAUCCUCAGGCCAAUUGUCGAGGCAGAUGAGAAUAAUGCUAGUGCAAAUGCAAAUGCGUCUAGCUGGAUGCGGGAGACGCAGGAUCCAUGGUUAUACACAUCUGUAGUGUCUACUUCUUACAGUGAGGCACUUGGCCUCACUUUUACAGCCAGUUUUGACAAGUGUGUCAAGGUCUGGACGGUGGCUGAAGAUGGAAGUGAAAUGAAACUACUCGGAACAUGGGACCAUGAGAACAAGGUCAAUUUUGUUGUUACUUCAAAUGAUCCUGAUGAACCACGAGUGGCAACAGCGGCCGAUGUGUCAAACAAUGCUAUCCGCGUAUAUGUUGUCGACAAGGAGGAUGUUACUUUCUCGUCGUAUGAUACAUACAGCGGAGAGAGAGCCCAGGAGCAAGCACAAGAACUUCGGAGGCGGGAUACUUGGGCAUAUUUUCCUGCAACAAUGCAGUGGGGAAGAUGUCCUGAGAUGUGGAAUCUACUACUCGUUGGCUACUCGCCUCGCAGUAUUACCCACGACGAUAUGGAUAUUCCUCUCGAAAAAAGGAACACUGGCGAGCUGUGUCUUUGGGAUGUUGCCGACGGCGGGAAGAGAAUAUCUAUUCCAUCAGCUCGAUUGUUAAAUGUUUUCGAGGUUCUCUGGCAUCCCACCCAGCCAUGUUUUGUUGCUGCGACUUCUCCUGGGGGCGCCUAUGACCAUCUAACCAGAACGCAAAUCCGGAUAUUCGUACAGAGACAGGGAUUCGAAGAAUACCAAUUCACACAAACGAAAACCUUGGAUUGUUCCGCUUCUGAUAUCAAUGAGCUUACUAUAAUGUACGUGUUUUCUUCCAGAGAGUCAUCAAAACCAUACUGACAAGAAAAUAAGGCCCAAUUCCCCCGCUUACAGUUUUAUCACGGCAAGUUGUACAGACGGCAACGUUUAUGUUUGGGAUACGGCCUUUGGCGACAAGCCUAUCCACGUCUUGAAUCAUGGAGGUAUGUGUCUCUACUACGAUGGUGAGUUGGAGAAAAAUCAUUAAUCCGGUAACAGAAUCCCUUGAUAAUCCAGCGCCCGAUCGACCCCGGGAGGAAGCUGAUAACGGUGUUAAAUUUUCAGCUUGGGGUUAUAGCGCAAACCGUUUCUACACUGGCUCAACGGAUGGCAAAGUGAAAUGCUGGGAUGUGAGAGCACCUCCGGGAAAAGUGUUUCUUCGCAACGUUUUGGAAGUCUCGGGUGGUAUAACGGUGGGGGCGUUCUCUAAAGAUUACUCCAAACUCCUGAUAGGUGAUGCGACGGGCAAAGUCCAUCUACUUGCACAUGAUGACAGCGACCUUGUUGAUGAUGAACCAAUUACUGCUACCUCCUCCACUACCCUAUCACCCAUCACCAAUGCAAACACAGCAGCCUCGGUGGACCCUUUGUUACGAGUUGCGUCAGGGAAUACGCGCUUAGGCCACCCGAUUUCCCAACGACCUAAGGCUAUAAUCCAACAUAGAGAGGACGAUAACGAAUUAAUAAUAAGUAAGAAUAUUUCCGGUCGAGAUGAUGAACCGGCAGGAAGUGCGUUCUUAAGACAGGGUCAAGUUGUUCAGCACCCGGAUCCAAGUAUUGGCGUGGUUCAGGGGCCUAGAUAUCACGAGACUAGCUUCUUUCGUCUAGACGCUCAUCUUGACAAUGAUGGGAUGCAGCCUCUUAAAGAGGAUUUUGCGAAGAACCAGCGGUGUAAUAUCCUUGCUUCAAGACCUAAAGGAAACCAAGGAGGGCUCGGGGGCGUUCUUGAAACCGGAUCCGUGAAGGGAAGUGAGAUCGAGGGACAUGCUAUGAAUUGUGUGCUGGAUAGUUGGAUGGAAAUCGAGGGGGUGGACUUAAGGUGGGACUACGGCCUAGACAAAGAGGAAUACCCGAGUUUUAGGGCGAUGUUUGAUUCUUCGUCGUCU